CUUAAAGCGACAGUUUCCAAACUCGAGAAGUCUCAAGCUGAAUCUGUAUCAACAUUUUUUGGUGACAUGAAUUCUACAAUAGAGAGCCUGAAAGCUGAAUUGAAGCAGUCUCAGAUUGAACGACUGAAGUUAUCUGCUACAGUGGCAUCUCUGGAGAUGUUCCGAAUGAAUAUGACAACUUACGGUCGGCAGAAGAAAGUGGCUUUUACUGUUGGAGUGACGUUUUCCAAUGGUGGCUGGAACAGUGGAGCAUUGAUAUUUCCCUCGGUCAUUAACAAUGUUGGUGGUGGAUACAAUCCGACAACCGGUAUCUUCACUGCCCCAAUUGAUGGAGAUUAUAUCUUCUUCCUUGCUGUUUCCGAGUACAAUAGACAGCAUAGUAAGGUAGACAUUGUUAUGAAUGGGGUUUCGAAAGUAAGAACCUUGGGAUCGUCAGGCUCAGCGUAUCAAACGGGAGUAAACAUGGUUUUUCUGCAGCUUAACGAGAGGGACGCGGUGUGGGCCAGAGCAUAUGCUGGUAGAGGCUACAACACCGAGGGAGUUCCCAUUACAACCUUCUCUGGCUUCCUCCUGUAA